UUUUCUCUAGGUCGGGGAUGGAGGACGAUCUCGAAGCGGUCGAAUGCGCGGUGCGCCGCGUGCUCAAUCAGGAGCUGGACGGCGGCGGCGAGAAUGCGGGUGGAAAGAUCGAGCUGCUCCACAGGCUGAUCGAAGAGGUGCAUGCUGCGCGAGCUCGAUCGAGGAAGGAGUCGAAAGCCUCCUCCGAUGCUUCAGAGAAUGCAGCGGUGAAGGCGGCUGUGGCGGCUGCAAAUGCCGCACAGGCGGCGGCGGAUUCAGUGGCCAAGAACUCGCGGAUGAUCGAACUUCUCUUGGAUACUGUGAGAGUUUCUCGUCGUGAUCAUCGUCGGGGAGCUGCUGCUGUGGAUAGUACCGACGACGACGACGAGUCUUUGCCUGAGAGAGGAGAUGAAAACGAGAAGGAAGAGAAGAAGCUUUUGCGCAUCGUGAGAAACUUACAGCGGCAGAACGUCAUCACGCAUUUUAUCCUGGGCUUCAUGGUGAUCACUACGGCCAUCUGGAGGGUUAAAGAGAUCACUUGGAUACUCCGGGUACGAAAGAUGCUGGCCAAUCCACUAGAGACAGUGGGCGGGAUCUUUGGAGGCGAUCAUCACCAGGAGCAUCAUCGCAAACACAAGGAAGAGAUCGAGAAGCCGCUGCAGUUGCCGCACUUGGAGCUGCCGACACUGUUUCACAAGUCCGAAACGACAGAAGAUUCUAUUUCUUCGUAGCGGAGUUUCUAAAGGACUAUAUUUUCAAGUUCCAGCGAAACAAAACAAAUCAUGAUAGCAAUUACAUAUAAGGUGCCA